AUGUGGGACUCUGCGACUCUCUCGAAGUCGCCAUACCCACUAAAACCCGACUUCACCCAGAGGACAGUUAUUGACUGCCCCCGUAUCGGUGGACUGUCAACGUUGCGCUUGAACCGCUUGGUCGUGCGGACUCUCUUCAACGACCGUCGCCUCGGGGCUCCCUUGCGACGGCGCGACUUACCAGCGCAUGAGUUUCAGAGACGCGUCAACGAAGACGUUUUGAAUCCAAAGAAGCUCACUAGAUUGGCCGCUCUGACCAACCACGCCGAUCCUGUGCGCCAGGAUCGUGGCGCGUACGGGCCGACCACGCAGAGGGACCGGGCCGACAACGGUAUUGCAGUUCCUUUGAGCGCACUCGCCCGGUAUCUGCGCAUGCGGAUCGUUAACCAGUCCGCUUGGUUCGAGUUAGCUUCUCUCCCCUACCUUCUCUCGCAUGCAUGUCACAACGCCCACGCGUGGGAGAGCGCUGGUCUCAUACAGAGAAUGCCAUCCGCGCGGUAUAGGCUACCCUCUGAAAAUGCUUCUGGAACGCAUAGGCUGCUUUCUGGUGUCUCCACGAGUACCACGCGCAACGGACUGCCACAGAGCGCUGAUCCUACCUGCUGCGGUAUAUGCUACCCUCAGAGAAUGCUACCUGAGAUAAGACUAUCCUCAAGAGAAUGCUACCUGAACCACUCGAGCCACUUUCAGAUGAUGCUACCUACUGCGGUGUAG